AUGCUGCACGCUGUGACGCGCAACCUGAGGGAUGCGCUCAGUGAUCUCCAGGACAGGGCUCUGGCCAACACGGAGGAGCUGCUGCGCCAGGAGAACCUGAUCAGCGACCUCCGCCGCCAGCUGGCCGCAAAGUCGGCUCAGGUUGCGGAGCUGUCGGCGGCGCUGCUCAUGGGCUCAGGGGCCGGCAGAGCAGCCGAUGACUCUACAGACGAUGUGAGCAGCGGCAACGGCGACUGCACUUCCAGCACAGCUGGCGGCGUCGACGCCAGUGUUGGCGAUGCGACCGAGCGUGGCUGCAGGGCCGCAUCCUCACUUGCUGCGGCUGUCACGCACAGCAGCAGCCAGCAUCCCAGCAAAUGCCUAUUGGCCAUCAGCAGCGGCGCACUGAGCAGCCAUGAGAACGGCAGGCCGUGCAACAGCAUCAGACCCGCGGCUCACGGCGGUGCCGCCAUCAGCAGCGCGAGCAGCAGCAAUUGCAUGAGCAGCAGCAGCAGCAGCAGCCGCGGAAGCAGUCAUAGCACUGUUGUUGGCGGUAGUCUUGGCCUCACUCACACAGCCGGCGCAGCCGCUGUCGAUGGAGCGCCGGCAUCAAGCGGCGCGUGUGGCCCUCCGUUUGUUGAAGAGCCCCUAGGCUGCAUGCUGGUGCGCGCAGAGGACCUGGCAGCGCAGAUCGCCGUGCAGCUGGGUGAGAUGAAUGUGGUGGAGGAGGAGGGCCCCAGCGGUGACGGCUGCGGCGACUGCGGCUUGAAGGAUGGCAAGGCUGCCUUGCAGUGCCCUCUGGUGGCAUCGCCCACGACCCCACCACUCGUCGGCCGUCGGCGUGUUGCAGCCGAUGCUCCACCCCCAGCCGAGCGCACACACACGGGCGCCGCCUGGCCCUAUGAGAGGGUGCAGCGCACAGGGGCAGAGGUUGUAUGA